GCGAGACCUUGCUCGGCAGUGGGAAGUGGCCAAUGCCCGAGAAUACUUUUGUGCUGGCGCUUCUGCCUCCAGUGUCGAUACCGUCUGGAGGCAAGGAGUGAGGAGCGAGGUUGCUGUGGCUUCCAAGGACUGUUCUGGGUCUGUCCUGUGGGAUCUUCUGAAGUUCUACGAGGCUGUCGACCUCGACUCGCUCCUCGCUCGUUGUCACCAGCAUUCCUUUCCCAUGCAGAUUGCCAGGGUCUGCUACGAGGCUUACCGCUCGUGCCGCUACAUGGCCAUGAACGGCCGCGUGGAGGGCCCGCAGUUUGCGUGGCGAGGUUUGAUUGCUGGGUGUGGAUUCGCCACCACUUUCAUUCGCGUCUUCACGCUAGCUGCCUUAGACGGCCUUAGCAUCCCUAGAUCGGUCUCGUUGAGAGUUUACAUCGAUGACUACACCUUGUCGUGCACGGGGGCUCCCAAGGCCGUCGUACAGGACCUGAUCGAAGCUGCUUUCCGAUUGCAGGUGGCCAUCGAGUCCGAUCUUGGUUGCUCUAUUUCUGUUAGCAAGGCGGCUGUGGUCGCCUCAGUCCCUCUAGUGGCUAAGGAGAUCCGCCGAGGCCUUGGCGCUGUGGGCGGAGCUCCUUGCGCAUCUGUUGUCAACCUGGGCAUUGGCGACGCUGCUGGCAAGCCUCGGCGGACG